AUGUACGGCUCGUACGGCUCAUACAGCUCCAUGAGCAGUGCCGCAGAGACCUCCUGGCCCAUCAACAUCGGCAGCGGCCGCUCUUCCACAGCAUGCGCUUUCCCCUCAUGGCCCAACCGGGCUUGCUUGGGGUCUGGCUCGUCCGCGUCCUCGUGUUCCUCGUACCUGAGUGACGAAGACCUCUUUCUCGACGACAUGGAGGACCCCGGCUACACCAGCAGCGGCGCCUCCAGCCGCAGCAACAGCAACGCCUCCAGCAUCUCACCACCCCAGGGCUGGCGCAAUGCCCAGCAGCCUUUUGCCGUCAUGGCUGAGGUGAACAACAACUUUGCGCCUGCCGACCCGUCCGAGGACGAGCUGGCCGAAAUCCAGCGCGAGCGCUCUGCCUACCAGCGCGAGCUGGUCCGCGCAGUCCUGCUCGAGAAGGAGCGCCGCAAAACGGCGGCGUCGGCUGCGCGCCGCCAGCGCCGCGCAGCAGCAGCUGCUACUGCUGCUGCUACUAUCGGUGCUUCACCAUCUGCCUCUUCGCGCAAGAAGUCGGCCAAGCUGACUGCCAUUGCCGAGGAUGCCUAA